UCGUUACAUAUCUAUAAUUAAUUAUGCACGAAACCUAUCACCUAGAAUGCAUCAAUUCUCACCUAAAUUUCAUCUACUGUCACCCAGAGUAGAUCAAAUUUAAUUAUUGUGGGGACUCGCUUAAGGCUUAUUUAUUGGUAUACUCUUCAAGGGGGUUACACAAAAGGAAUUCUUUUCUGUGCAUUUGAUUAAUGGUUUUGUUCAUCACAGGGACUUUUAGUGGCUAUGGCCGCCUUAAAAUCCCCAUCACCAUUUUCAUUUUCUGUAGGAAUUCUUCCCCCAAAAAAGAAAAAGGAUUCACUUUGCAAUGUGCGUGUCAAUUAUAUUAGUUCUGAAAAUUUAGCCAUUAAACUACAGAACAAAGACAUACCACAUAACAAUAACACUGACUACAAUGCCUAUAUUUCCUCUAUGUUACGAUCGUGUUGGGGUUUAGGAUUGCUGAAGCAAAUCCAUGGCAAUAUUGUCAAAAAUGGGGCUGGAGACAAAAUCUCAGUGGAAGUUAAAGCUAAAAUUAUUGAUUUGUACGGCAGAUUUGGCGAUGUGGGAUAUUCGCGUAUUUUCUUCAAUGAAAUGCAGACUUCCAACAGGCUUGUGUGGAACACAGUGAUCAGAGCUUGUGCCAACAAUGACUACUUUGAGGAAACGCUUGAACUGUUUAAUCAAAUGCAGUUUGCAGGUAUAAAACCCAACAAGUUUACUUUUCCCUUUAUUAUCAAGGCAUGUACAGGACUUUUGGAUUUGCAGCAGGGUAGGGAGAUCCAUAAACUUGUCGUAAGAAAUGGCCUCGAAGCGGAUGGGUAUAUAGGGCCGGCUCUUGUAAAUAUGUAUGCCAAAUGUGGCAGCAUAGAGGAUGCACGCCAAGUGUUUGAUAAAAUACCAGAGAGAAAUUUGGUGCUAUGGGCUUCAAUGAUUUCUAGGUAUGUGGGAGUUGGAGAUGGCUAUUCAGCCUUGGGACUGUUUCGUGAGAUGAUGCAUCUGAAAGAGAUUGGGUUGGAUUUUGGGUGCUUUGCUGGUGGGCUUAGGGCGUGUGGCCUUACCAAUGGUCUGUUGCAGGGUAAGUCUAUACAUGCUCGGGUGAUUAGAUCUGGAUUUGAAUCAGAGUCCAGUGUGGUUUGUGCUCUGUUAAACAUGUAUGGCAAAUGUGGAUCUGGAUAUUUAAACAAACUGUUUGACAAAGUGCCUUCUACAGAUUUGUCAAUCUGGAAUACUAUGAUAUCAACAUGUGCAAAGAAUGGGUAUGGUUUGAAAGCCUUGGAAUUUUUUUAUGAAAUGCAGAAGUCUGGUAUCGAACCGAGUCCAUUCACUUUUGCCAAUGUGAUCCCUGCAUUUGCUCAUCUGGGAGAUCUAGAGCAGGCAAAGUGGAUUCAUGAAUGGGUAAUUAGAAGAGGGUUUGAGUCCAAUAUAUAUGUUGGGACUGCCCUUGUAGACAUGUAUGCUAAGUGUGGCAGUGUGGAGGUUGCUCGAGAGGUGUUUGAUAAAAUUCCUAGAAGAAAUGAAGCGACAUGGAUUGCAAUGAUUGCUGGGUAUAAAAUAAACGACCAGGCUGAGAAUGCUCGUGUACUCUUUAAUGAGAUGCAAAAGGCCAGGGUCAAGCCAAAUACUUCUGUUAGGUUUUUGUCUCGGGAUGCUCUGGCAGAUGGAGAUUGGCAGCAUUUUGAUGACAUGACUAAUGAGUUUAGCAUUGACCCUACAGUGAAGCACUAUGCUCACAAGGUUGACAUUCUCGGGAAUGCUGGACGUUUCGAGGAAGCAUGUGACUUUAUCAGAAAGAUGCAAUUAGAAGAUCUUGCUUCUGUGUGGGGGAUUUUGCUUGGUGCUUGCAAACGUCACUGCAACACUGAACUAGCAGAACGUGUGGCAGAAAAACUUUUCAAACUAGAACCUAGAAAUCCUAAAUGGUAUCAACUGUUGUCAGAUGUUUAUAGUGCUGCUGGCAGGAUGGAUGGCCUAGUUAAGGUGAAGAAGAUGAUGAAAGAGAGGAUGCUACCAAAAAUACCUCUAAGAAGCAUACUUCAGGUUUCUGCCUGCUACAAAGAAUAAGGAAUGUUGGAAUUUGGAGAAAGAAAUAAGAAGAUGCUUAAGAUGAGUUGUAAAUGCUGGGGAAAGACUGCUGGAAUAGUAAAAACAGUUGGCUAUGGUGCCAAUCUAUUUGGUUUACUGACGUCUGAGAACAAGGAGCAUCUGAGAGUUAAUCUGAAAAGUACUGCAAGCCUGACUACAGAGUAACUCAUUGAUGAAUGUAAGAUUAUCUACUGUUCCGGUCAUGAAACAAUGUCAAUCCUCUUGACAUGGACCACAAUAUUGUUGAACGUACAUCAAGGUUGGUGAGAGUGAGGUUACAUAGAGGUGUUGAAGUAUAUGGGAGAAACAAUUAUCCAGAUGCUGACAGGAUAAGUUGCCUCAAAAUUGUAAGGAUCAUCUAACAGAGACCUAAAUUUUUAUAUGAAUACCAUAAAAUAUUGAAUUUGUAAAUUAAUAAACUAGAGUAAGGGCUAUUUGCUGCCACCUCUUAUAAGGAAUUUGACUAAAGGCUCUAUCCUUUUCCCUGUACAUGAAGUACCUACAGAAUUUUAUUGCAGAUAUAGGGUUUAUGUGAAAUGAUAUUAAAGGAGGUCAAACUAUAACAGUUAGAGUGGGUAAGCAAUUGGGCUAAGAAACAAAACAAAAAAUACAGACAUUAUUUAAAAAUCAAAUCUAUUCAUAUUCUCUUAGCAAAAUAUCUUCACAGGACGUACUGGGAAGCAUACCCAAUUUAAUAAUAAUAAAGUUCAUUAUCAAUCAAGUACUAGGAUU